AUGUCCAACGCCGAGGUCACCUCCACGACGAUGUCCAUCAAGGACUUUGAGAUUGGCAAGCCGCUGGGCAAGGGCAAGUUCGGCCACGUCUACCUGGCUCGCACCCGCAAGGAGGAAUUUCUCGUCGCCCUCAAGGUGCUCCACAAGGCGCAGCUGAUCAAGGACGACAUGGCCCACCAGUUGCGACGGGAGAUCGAGAUUCAGGCGAACCUCAACCACAAGAACAUCCUCAAGAUGUACACCUACUUCUACGACGAGCAGCGAAUCUUCAUGGUGCUCGAGUACGCGCCACGGGGCGAGCUGUACAAGUCGCUCACCAAGGCUGGCCGUUUCGACGAGCCAAAGUCUUCAACUUAUGCCCUGCAAAUGGUAGACGCUCUGGAAUACUGCCACCAGAAUGACGUCAUCCACCGAGACAUCAAGCCGGAGAACAUACUCAUCGGCUACAACCACGAGCUAAAAAUCUCCGACUUUGGCUGGUCGGUGCACGCACCCUCCUCCAAGCGCAAGACACUGUGCGGCACCAUCGACUACCUGCCACCGGAAAUGCUGAACCACCAGACCUACGACAAGAACGUGGACCUGUGGUGCCUGGGUGUUCUCGUCUACGAGUUCCUCGUCGGAAAGCCGCCCUUCGAGUCGGCCGAAACGGCCACCACCUACCAGAAGAUCAAGGCCGUCGAGUUCGAGUACCCGGAUUAUGUUUCCUCUGAGGCUCGCGACUUCAUAUCGAAGCUACUGGUUUUCACCCCUUCUGAACGCAUGCCACUGGCCGUUGCUCGAGGCCACCCCUUCAUCACCAAGCACAACAGCAGUAACGACAACAACACCACCACCACCACCACCAACGGCAAUUAG